CACUCUUUUAAAACUUAGAAGCCCCUAUCUAACUCAAUUUUAACUUUCUAGUUUAAGUCGCUCUCUUCUCUCACCUAAUCUCUUGUUGUUUUCAUAACACCGAAAUGCAAACGCUAGUAUUAGUCGUCUCUCAGCUUCCAAUUCGUCAAAUUAAAGAUUACCAAUGUCAAGAAUUUGAGAUGUCACCUCUCAUCAAUUCUUCUUAUCCAUAUCCUAGCUCUAGGCAAAAUCAAGACUCUUUUCUUAGUCUUUUUGCCCUAAAGUAAACAAUCAAAUCUAAUUUAUAUAUUUGAUUAUUAAUUGCCUAGAUAAUUAAUUUGGUGUUCGAUACUACUGAUUGGGAUACCGAAAUAUUUAGAGAUUGGGAUUGAGAUACCGAAAUUAUUUAGGGAUUGGGAUUGAUUUUAGGGUGUAAUUCGGUAUUCGGGAUUUUGAUAUUUUGUAUUGGAAUACCGAUAUCGUACCAAUUUCCACCAGUAGGGACGAUGAUGCAAAGGGGGACGACAACUUGGCAGGGGUCGCGCUGUCGCGGGGGAGGGCGAUGGCGGACUGGGCGACUAGCGGUGGUUGAUGAUGGACCCUGGGGGAUUGCAGGAACCGACGGAGAUGGAGAUGGUGGACUGGCGAGUUAGCGGCCGGCGAGGGAAGUCUCGGAGGGCGGAGGUGGUUGCUGCGGGAGCCGGCGGUCGAAGGGUUGGAUCGCAGGAGGGUCGCCGGGGAUCGCGGGGUCGACGGGAGAAGGCACUCGUCGGGCUUCGCCGAUGGUUUGGCCGUCUGGACUGGAGGGUGUUGACGGCGGGGGUUGAGUAGUCUGUGGUGAGCGAAGGGAACGAUUGAGGAGGUCGACGAAGGAGGAGGAUAAGGUUUGGGACUGGGCGAGCUGGAUAGUUUGUUUGGGUAAACGUCGUCGUUUAUGGUAGGACGAUCGGUCGGUUAGCUUUGGUUAGCCGAUUAACCGGCUUCGGUUACUCGGCUAACCGAAGCUCCCACCAGACACGUCGGCCACCGACCGAGAUUGAAAACAGCCGGUUUUCGAUUAGCCGCUAACCGAUGGUUAUCGGUUAACCGGCCUGUUAGUUACUAACCGACAACCGAACUGCCACCCCUAAUUGUGACAAUGUAUGGUUUACGAUAAAAUAUAGCUGCCUACUGAUAAUUGGGAAUUCAUGAAUUUACAAUACGACAUAAUUAACUAAUUACUUAUUG